CAGAUACUGCAGCCUCCGCCUCCAUUCCGGGCGUCCACCAUUUGUCGCUUCUGUGCCGUCCAUCGCCACCACCAGCCACCAUCCCCUCUUGGCCUCCUCCUCCUCCCGUUCGCAGCCUACCAGCAGCGGCCAGCGCCUCCGAGAUGGACCUCCGCCUCUGCCUCCGUCUCCACUCGCGCCUCCCUCCUGCCACGCCGCCGCCUUUCCCGGCGCUCGCGGUCCUCCAAGCGUCCCGCCGCCUUCGGACUGGCGGGAGCUGCGGGGUCCCUCUUCGGCGGCACACGAGGCAUUUUUCGAAUCCGGCAAUCCGUGCUGCCAAAGCUGAAGGCGCGAAGGGUUUGGCUGUUAAGGAGAGGAGCGUCUCGGUGAUCCUCUUAUCUGGAGGACAGGGAAAAAGAAUGGGGGCAAGUAUGCCGAAGCAGUAUCUACCACUACUGGGACUACCAAUUGCACUGCACAGUUUCAAGACAUUUUGUCAACUAAAGGAAGUUAAAGAAGUUGUGGUGGUGUGUGAUCCAGACUACACUGAUGUAUUUGAAGGUUCUAUUGAGAACUUGCAAAUACCUCUUAAAUUUGCACGCCCGGGAAAAGAGAGACAGGACUCUGUUUUUAACGGACUUCAGGAAAUUGAUGGAGAUUCAGAACUUGUUUGUGUCCAUGAUUCUGCAAGGCCCUUAGUUUCUUCUGAAGAUGUCAAAAAGGUCUUAGAAGAUGCUGCAGUGCAUGGGGCAGCUGUCCUUGGUGUGCCUGUGAAAGCUACUAUAAAGGAGGCCAACAGUGAUUCUUUUGUCGUAAAAACUCUUGACCGCAAAACUCUAUGGGAAAUGCAAACUCCACAGGUUAUGAAGCCCAAUUUACUCAAAGAUGGUUUUGAGCUUGUUAAUCGGGAUGACCUUGAAGUCACUGAUGAUGUAUCCAUUGUAGAGUACCUGAAGCAUCCAGUCUAUAUCACGGAAGGCUCUUACACAAACAUUAAGGUGACCACUCCUGAUGACAUGCUCCUGGCUGAGCGCCUGAUGAAUGAAAAACAGAGCUGCUAGACAAAAUUAACAAUUUUCCUGAUUUUACAGACAUGUAUGAUUUUGGCAGUACAGCAUUCAUCCGCACUUCCGCAGUUUUGUAAAACAAAAAAAAAUAAUGUAGCUCAUACGCAAAUAGCUUACCUUUAUGUAAACAUUCUUUCUACCAACGAAAAUAGGGUAGGGUUCUAUGCCGAGCUCAUUUUUUUGGCACAACCAA